CACCAACAACGCAAGGAGGCCAACCAUAAAAGGCGAGAGACGCCUCCAAUGUCCAAACACAUCGACAAUAACCCCAAGCUAGCUAAUCACACUUAAGCGUGCUCUUACUUAAUUGCACACUUGCGCCAUAAAGCAAGAGAAGAGAGAAGGCGACUAGGCGAGCACAACACAGGCGGGCCGGUGCACAUGGAGCCUCACAUGGAGCGCGCGCUGCGCGAGGCGUUGACGGAGGCGGAGCGUCGGUCGCUGGCGCCCGUGGUGGCCGCGCACCACACGUUCCCGGGCAGCGGCCAGUCGUCGCCGUCGCCGUCGCCGGGGAAGAAGAAGACGUGCACGUCGCUGGUGACGCAGCGGGUGGACGCUCCUCUGGCCGCCGUGUGGGCCAUCGUGAGGGGGUUCGCGACCCCGCAGCGGUACAAGCACUUCAUCAAGUCCUGCGCGCUGGCGGCGGGCGACGGCGCCACCGUGGGCAGCGUCCGCGAGGUGACCGUGGUGUCGGGCCUCCCGGCGUCCACCAGCACGGAGCGGCUAGAGAUCCUCGACGACGACCGCCACGUGCUCAGCUUCCGCGUCGUCGGCGGCGAGCACCGCCUCCGCAACUACCGCUCCGUCACCUCCGUCACCGAGUUCUCCUCCCCGCCUCCGCCGGAGCCGGAGGAGAAGGAGAAGGAGGAGACUCAGGAUGCUGCGGCUUCUUCUUCUUACUGCGUGGUCGUGGAGUCGUACGUGGUGGACGUGCCGGAGGGGAACACAGAGGAGGACACGCGCAUGUUCACCGACACCGUCGUCAAGCUCAACCUCCAGAAGCUCGCCGCCAUCGCCACCACUAGUACUUCCUCCCCGUCCGCUUCCCCUUCCUCGCCGCCGCCGCCGCAGCCGUCCGAUGGUGCCCAAGCUGAUCACUGAUCAGUAACCGAUCGACCGUUCGUUCAUCCAUGCCUCUUUCUUCUCCAUGGCCGGUGUACUACACUGCAUGCAAUGCAAUGCAUGCAUUGUGAUGAUGCUUCUUUUGUUCCUUUUCUUCUUCCUUUUGUCCUCCACCAGAAAAAGAAAAGAAAAGGGGAUCGAAAUGGUAUUGCAGUUCUGAUGGGUGAUGACAUCGAAAGAGAGCGCAAGUUGUUGUUGUUAAUUAAUUUCCUUUUUUUUCUUGUAUGUAUGUUCCGGUUGAUCGUUAUCCUUGCAAUGUCAUCAUGUUAUCACCCUGUUUUGUUUUC